UUAAGAAAAAGAAUGAUAUUCGUUGAUGGGUAUGUUAUUUGCUACUGUUGCUGCUGUUGUUGUUAUUGAUAUUGUGUUGUUGCUCUUGUCGUGGUCACUGUCACUGUUGCUCUCAUCGCCGGCAUGGCCGCUGUAAUUGCUGUAGUCAGCAGUGGGUUCUUCCUCUACAGCAAAGGGUGCAAUAGCCGCUCCUCGAUCACGAUGCAGCAGCAACUCCUCGUCUUCCUCCUCCUCCUCCUCAUCUCCAUACCCUUGACGCUGUCUCUCAAACAAUUCUUUCUCCACCCACUGCUUCUCCUCGUCAACCUCCUCGUCACUUUCCUCACUGCCUUCGUUCUCUCCUUGACCACAUUGAUUUCCAUCCAUCACGUAUUGCAAAUAGUCAGGAGUCGGAGGGGUUCUAGGGUGGAAUCAGAGGUUUAUUCGAUGAUUGAUUACUGUCUAAUCCUACGUUUGAAGGGCUCUUAUAUACUAGACACAGUUGUGUUGGAAUGCUCUAGAAACUAGGCGCAGCAUGGU